GAGCAAAACCCCGUGAUGUGUUGGAGUUGUGAGUUAUCCUAUUUGGCUCUGUACAAUAGAGAAACUUCAUAGAAAUAACAAUUGAGAGACGUACGCUACAGAACAAAGAGAAAAAACAAUCGGUUGGUCCACUUCCUAAAGCAUAAACAAGAAAAGCUUCAUUGUCCCAACCUACUUUUUUUCUGCUCCAUCCCAUACUGUGCACACAGAAACUGAGAGAAUCUCAAGUAAUGCAGCAAAAAUUGGGCGGCGCUUGAACAGAAUAGAUUUGGCCUAUAGAUUUCAUGGGUGGCAAGAGUUCAAAGAGGUCAACAACUGGUCGAUAUGCAUCAUAUGGCUCCAGUUCAAAUUCAGGUUAUCCAGGCUAUGCACAAUCACCGUAUACUCAACCAUCCUACAAUUAUCCACCACCACCUUCUUAUCAAACAUAUGGUGGUCCACCUCCUGAAUCAAGGAAAAGGCUUGAAAGGAAAUUUUCAAAGAUAGAUGAUGACUUCAACAGCUUAGAACAGGUCACUGAUGCCCUUGCACGUGCUGGUUUAGAGUCAUCUAACUUAAUUGUUGGCAUUGAUUUUACCAAGAGCAAUGAGUGGACUGGUGCAAGGUCAUUCCACCGGAAAAGUUUGCAUCACAUUGGGGAUGGGCAAAAUCCAUAUGAACAAGCAAUAUCGAUCAUUGGAAGAACACUAUCCAAAUUUGAUGAGGACAACCUAAUUCCUUGUUACGGAUUUGGAGACGCCUCAACACAUGAUCAAGAAGUCUUCAGCUUCUAUCCCGAUGAAAAAUUCUGUAAUGGAUUUGAGGAAGUACUGGGUAGAUAUAGAGAAUUAGUUCCCCAAUUACGGCUUGCAGGACCAACAUCAUUUGCUCCUGUUAUUGAAAUGGCAAUCACUAUUGUUGAGCAGAGUGGUGGUCAGUACCAUGUUUUAUUGAUAAUAGCAGAUGGACAGGUUACUAGAAGUGUAGAUACUGCAAAUGGGCAAUUAAGCCCUCAAGAGAAGAGAACAGUUGAAGCAAUUGUUAAAGCUAGUCAAUACCCCUUGUCAAUUGUUUUAGUUGGGGUUGGAGAUGGGCCAUGGGACAUGAUGAGGGAAUUUGAUGACAACAUCCCUGCUCGAGCCUUUGACAAUUUCCAGUUUGUUAAUUUUACAGAUAUCAUGUCAAAAAAUAUGGAUCUUUCCAGGAAAGAAGCAGAGUUUGCCUUGUCAGCAUUGAUGGAAAUACCAUCUCAGUACAAAGCAACUCUGGAGCUGAACAUUCUGGGUGCUCGUAGAGGGAACGAAAUUGAUAGGAUUCCUCUCCAUCCUCCUCGCUAUGGUACAGCUUCUUUUGGCACAUCAAAACCUUCACAAAACAGUAGUUACUAUCCUAGUGCAUCUUCUUCUAGCGGACACAAUUCAACUGUUGGAAGCGGACACAAUCCUGCUGUUGGGUCAAGUCAUCCAGCAAGUUCUGCAGAUAAUCAUCUUUGUCCCAUCUGCAUAACCAAUCCAAAGGACAUGGCAUUUGGUUGCGGACAUCAGACAUGUUGUGAAUGUGGUCAAGAUUUGCUGUUGUGCCCCAUCUGUCGGGACAGCAUUCAAACUAGGAUAAGACUUUACUGAGUCACUUCUCUUGGCGGAAGGACAGUUUGCUGCUGCUAUUAAGAAAUCCUCUGAUUCUUAUAAUACUGGGAAGGGGUUUCCUAAAUUAGUUUUUUCUGAUGGAUAUCAAUGUCAGCAGUAUCCUAUAUCUUUUUAAUUUAGAGAUGCUACAUUUCAGUAUUUUGCUCUGUACAUAGAUUUUUUUCAAGGCCACUCAUUGUUCAUUGAAUCUGGUGCUCAAUGUGCAAGUAAAUUUCUGCUUACCAACUGUGUUCAUCGACAAACCUUGUUAUGAAUAGUUUCACAAAAAUGGAGGAGAAACGGGAUAAUGUCCGAGCAGAUUUAUACUCUA